CUGGUAGUCUGCGAACCUAGAUGCGACGUAUGGUGCGAGAGUUUCUGCACGAGCGGAUAAUGCGCGCCCGUCUUCGUAGCAGCCUGAGGGUUUUUGCGUCGUGACAAUGUUCAGUGUCGUGACAAUGUCCAGUCUGUCGCAACAAUCGCCAUGAACCACGAGGGCGCAACUUUUGUCCACCAUCUGGCUCGCCAGGCCCAGUUGCUGUCCUGUCUGCACUGGCUCAGCACCUUCCAAGUGCUGGCCUGUAUACCUCUUACACAGUCUGUCCCCAUCCAAGAUGUGGCCGACCUGGCUGGCGUCCCCUUGUCGCACCUCCUACGCAUCGUGCGCGCGACCGCAACAGUAGGAUUCCUCCAUGAGCCGGAGCCAGAAUUCGUAGCACAUACAGCACUAUCGAGCCAAUUUGUCACAAAGCCGUCGCUCAUCGAUGCCGUUCUCUUCAUCUGUCAUACCGCCAUGCCUACUGGCCUCCAGAUGGCUGAGGCGACUCGGCUGCAGGUGCAGUCGCCAGACAGCUCGCCAUGCGCUUAUGCGUUGGCCUCUCGCGCUGUCAAGGGCCGUAGUUCUGAGAAUGGCCAACAACCAAACUUGCAUCGCCAGCUCAUGGCGUAUCAGCGCUUGUCUAAUCGUGCUCUGGACGAUUGCGUCACUCAGCUACUUUCAAACUUGGACUGGUCUCACUUGGAUGGCGCCACGGUUGUCCAGGUUGGCCCUCCCUCGACUGCCGCUGCACGAGCCUUGUCCGGGGCGAAUGCAAACAUUCACUUCAUAGUGCAGAUGUACGACCGCCCAAAAGGGGCAAUCGAGACAGCCAGCUCCAAGUUUGGGAACAUCAUGGUCCAGCAGAGGAUGAGGGGAGCACCGCAGCUCGUCCAAGACGCGUCCGUCUAUAUAAUACACUCCCCGCAUCUGUCCGUGCACCAUACCACCAAUGAUCUCCGCACCCAAUUCAUUGUCGAGAUCAAAGCCCAUCUCCGCUUGCUCCAGGGUAAACCAAACGCUCAGUUAAUUCUUGUCGCUCAAGUGAUACCUGAACCAGGGACCGCUGAUGCCGAAGUCGAGGCGGCCUCACGCUUCUACGAUUUGAGUUUGCUGCAGAUGGCCAAUGACCAAGCUUUGGGAUUUGAGCAGUUGGUGGACAUGGUCAACGACAUCCGUGACAAUACUGGAAGACUCAUCGUCACCAAUAAGUUGUGCUCAAGAGACCAUUCAGUGGCGGCAUUGCAGGUGAAGGUUGUGUCGUUUCUGGAUGAUCAAGGUAGUUAAUGGUCAGACUAGCUGGCCGUAGAACUGUUCCGCCCUAUAGAACGUCUGGCAUAUGUAGUACUAUCAUAAUAAAACGUUCUCUGGAGCAGAUUAGUUCUCGCACUUCAUUUGGCUUUCAGAGCGUGUAAAUGGUC